GUUGCGGAAGAACGCGUACUAUUUGAUGACGUUUGUUUGUUGUUUGUGAUAAAGGUUUUUGAUUUUCGCGUCUUUGUUUAAGAAAGGGUGUUGCGUAUCGUUUGUUUAGCUCGCCAUGAGGUACGUCGAAACGUGCCGUCUCUUUCAGCGGCCCUAGGAUGAACGUGGGCCAGAUGAACGGGACCAGGAGGCCGAACCUCGCGCGGAUGCCGUCCAACGACAGGCCGCAGCACUCGCAACACGACGAGCUCAUCAGGUUCAUCCACGAGUCGUGGACGAAAGUUGAGAUGGACCGGGGCACGAGCGCCGUCAUGUAUUACCAGGAACAGGAGAGCCAAAGCCUCAAGGACUUCCGGCCGUUCGACUUGGACGCGUACUGGGGCCGGCGGAUGCACCAGCACGCCCAGAACCACGCGUAGCGACCUGCGUCACAGACUACCUAGUUACGGUUAGGUCUUUGUUAGAUUUUAUUUUGCGUAUCGUUCCGCGCCCCACACGUCGUUCAGUAUUCCUAUCUAUUAUUUUUAGUUUUUUUAACAUUCCUCCUAAUCUCCCAUCCCCGCCGCCUCAUCCGACUCCUAUACUCGACGUAAUUUUAUAUUCUUUUUUUUAUAUUGUUACGAAUAAAACGACUCUUCACGGA